CAUGGCGAGCGCGUCCGGAUAGCGUGCACCCGAGCGUGAGGACGGAGCAGCUUGUUCAUGGCUGUCUAAUCACCGCUGUGCUCUGCGUUGCCAGGCUUGUUCCUCGCACGCAUUUCAUCUCAACCCUGGGAGAGGCUUUGAUUGAGCUCCACUGUUGUGUCGUUUGAUCGCCAUCUCGCCUUGCCAUAUCCCUCCCGCCUGGCCUCGCCUCUCGCCUGUGUCCGAUGUCAGUUGAGCCCGUGGACUGUUGACUGUGUUCGUGCCUCGACCUCGACGCCGCUUACACCGACAAUACCACUAGCCUGUCCCCCCUUGGACAACGCACGCGACCGCAAAGGGAAACACGCCAUGGAGCAAGUACGACCGCAACCCGCAGCCGAUGCAAACGUCCGUCGAAGGAGCAUCUUCACAGAAGUCGGACUCGUCGACGCGGACACGAUGCGAGACGAACGCAGCCCAGCGCCAGUUUCGAUAGCGUUAAGCCAGCUCCGCCCAGCCAGGACGGUCAGGUUCCGCAGCCGCAACGAUAUUUUCGGAGAGCAAAAGGAGCAAAAUGACGAUGACGAUUGGGAGUCGGUCGUGGACGAAGACGAGCAUCGCGACUUGACAGCAACACCCACAUUGCGCCAAAGCCAGCCCUUCAUGUCGAAUUCGAAACUCUACCGGUUAGGUCUGUUUGCGCUGGUGGUGGCGUUGAUGCUGCCGAUAUUCCAAUUCAACCCCAUGACGCGAAUUGGAGCAAGGGGCAGCAUUAUUCCAGAGGCCUUCAUCGAAGCACGCGCACAAGGAUCCAUGCUGGUCAAACGGGAUGACGCGACUGUCGAGGUUUGCAAGCGAUGGAGCGGACAAAGCACCAUCGUCAAUGGCACCCUAUACAUGUACGGAUUCCGCACCGACACGGAUGCGAAGCAGACUAGCAACACAUGGACGAACGACCUCCUCACCCUCGAUCUCACAAACUCAUGGCAAAUCUCCAAUCCCUCCCUAACCGGCCUCCCCAAGCCAAGCGGUCCUCCUGCCGUGUCGCUUGGCCAGCUCUGGGCUUCGCACGAUUCACUGUGGCUCUACGGUGGCCAGUAUUCUGACUCACCCAGGGUCGCCCCUGGGCCGAACUCAAUAUGGGAAUACAACAUUGUCAGCAAAAAUUGGAUCGAGCAUGACGACCCCAAAACCUCAGCUGGUGAUUAUUCCGAAGGCGACGGACAAAGCGUGCAACGGGCUGCGGAGGGAGCAGGAUUCGGAGUCGCUGCAUUGGGCAGAGGAUGGUAUUUUGGCGGUCAUCUUGACGAUCUUACCACUGAGGGUUGGAGCAACCAGAUCGAUAGGAUUUACUUGAAGAGCUUGCUGGAAUUCACAUUCCCUGGACAUCAGAACAAUGCCGUCGACUCGCUAAAGGAAAACAAGACAGCUGGUGACGAUGGCGUGUUCAGGAACAUCACCGAGGGCGGUCUUCAGAACACUGGAUCCUUUCCUGAGCGAGCUGAUGGCGCUCUUGUCUACGUCCCAGGUUUCGGCGACGAGGGUCUGUUGAUCGGACUCACCGGUGGCGAUAAUGAUACUUUCACGCAAAUGAACGUUAUCGACGUCUACGAUAUUGCCAAUUCGACUUGGUACAAGCAGAGUACAUCUGGCAGCUUGCCAGAGUACCGCGUCAACCCUUGCACUGUAGUCGCAGCCGCUGCAGACGGCUCGUCAUAUAACAUUUAUAUGUUCGGCGGCCAGGACCUUCAGACAGUCCAGACCCAAAAAGAUGACAUGUGGAUCCUCUCCGUCCCCUCCUUUACCUGGAUCAAAGUCGAUCAACAGGGCCAGACUCCGUAUGCACGCGCUGGCCAUGCAUGCCAUGUCUGGGACGGCCAAAUGGUUGUUGUCGGCGGCUAUAUCGGAACAGAAAUAGGUUGCGAAUAUCCUGGCAUCUACGUUUUCAACAUGACCAGUCUCUCCUGGGCCAACCAAUUCACUGCCCUUACAGGAGACAAAGCUCUACAGUCCUACAGCGGUAGCAACAGCGUCGGCAAUCCACUAGCUCAGCAGGCAAACCAGCGAGGCUACGGUCCUGCAGCUGGUGUUGAAGGCUCAUACGGCUACGCAGUUCCAAACCCUGUCCAAAGCGUCAUCGGCGGCGGCGCAACAGGCGGAGCGACUCUCACGGCGCCCGUCCAGACACCCACGGGCGGCCCUCUCAAAACAGGCAAGCCGCAGACAUACACCGUGACAGGAGCAAACGGCGCUACCAUUACUCAAAUCGUCGACAGCGGUCAAGUUUCCCAAAAAGGGUCAGGUACUAACAUCGCCGCCAUCAUCGCCGGCGUUCUCGCAGGCGUAUUCGCCAUCAUCGCAGGCUACUUUGCUUUCUGCGCAUACAUUUACCGCAAACAAGUCCAGAUCUGGAAGGACCACGCCGCAGUCAUGACGACGCGCGCCAACCAGGAGAAAUCCGCCACGUCCACUUCCUCGCAGGCCAAGACGAGUUCGGAGCGUCCGCAGGGGACGUUGAGCGGGAGCCGUGGAGGUGGAGCGGCGGCCGAGAGCUUCGACGUCGGGCGGGGGAGCGCAGAGAACGGGACGGGGUAUGGAGGCGCGGCGGGCUACCUCGGGAGAAGGAAUAGUGCUGGGAGUAUCACCGAGGACUUGCUUGAUGGGCAAGAGCCGAGCUUCUGGGGCACGAGGGGUGUGCUGCUUAAUCCGAGGAGGAGUUUGAGAGUCAUAAAUCGGGAUUAACGAGGGGCAUUAAGUAGAAUGAUUGGUGGGUUCUUGUGGGUUUUCUUUGGGAGGCUUUGCGGAGCGGCUGGUAUUAUGAUUCCCCCCCUUUUAUUUCUGGCUUGGUUGGCUUUGCGCUUUGGUGCGCUGUUUUGCAUUGCGUGUGAGUGGGGUUAUAUGCAUUAUUUGGGGUAUGUAAAGGUUGAAGACAUGAAUUGUAGUAAUGAUAAUGAUACUUGGU